CAUUCUCACUAAGAGCUCUGGUCUAUGUCCUUAUCAACCUCAGUUAUGGAGAAUGAUAAUUGCACACAGCCGUUAACAGAGCUUUUGGCUGGGGAUUCUUCUCCAAUCAAUGAGAAACACUAUAAACCUGAACCUGGGAUGCUACAGUAUGAGAAUUUCUCCAGUCAGCCACCUCAAUCCACUGUGGUUACUAUAUUACAAGAUGAUCCUCCCAUAAAAGAUUACGUGCUCUUCUCGGUCUUUAACAUCAUGAUUGCAAAUGUAUGCUGCUUAGGAUUCCUUGCCCUUGUCUUCUCUGUUAAGUGCCGGGAUCGGAAGCUGGCUGGAGACAGACAUGCAGCUAGAAGUUACAGUGCCACUGCUUGCUUACUAAACAUCACUACCACCAUCCUGACAAUCCUCUUCUUCAUUCUCGUAUCCUAUUUUGUGAUAACCAGUCUUCCCCCUCUGCCUUCAUUGGCCCACAAUUUAAAUGCUAUACUGUAUGGAAAUUAAAUUUGAAUGGAAUCGGUCCUUGUCAGUCACCCACAGCUUCUUCUAGCCAAGACAGUCUCUGGAUGGACUAUGAAUCUGGGUUUCUCAUCCAUUGCACCUUGCUUAUACAAGAAACACAAUUGGGCUUUCAUUUUCCAAGUUAACAAAGUCAUUUAACUGACAGCCUCAUGCUUAAUCCUACAAAGCUUGGUUGCUUUGUGUCCUUCAUGUGCUGUUCAUGUGGUCAAAAAUAAAAAAUACAAUAAAUAUUUGUGUAUUAUUGAUA